UACCAGCCCUGCGCCACGCGGGCCGCACUCAACGCAUCAAAUCCAGGAACUAACUUGCAGUUUCACUUUCAUAAGGUCCCAAGCAAACGUCACAUUUCAGCCAUCCACUUGCGAGUCGAUAGCGCGACGCUCGGAUCUUUUUUUUUAAUUAAUAGUUUGUUUUUUUUUAACGCGACUGUUGUUCUUUUGACACUUUAUCAUUUCUAAAGCGGGAUGGAGGUACCGAGCGCGCGAGUCUAAUAGUUACUUCGAGAUCGAGAGGCGGGAGUAGUACAAGGCGACGGUGGCGGCUUUCAUAUCGGAGUCUGAGAAACCGAAAGCGUGUUCCAGGUUACUUUCGAAUUCAAGCGUUCGGUCAGUUCGCAUUGCAAAAGACCCUGCAAAGAGUGGGCGCUUCUCGAGGCCGUGUUCUGCGAUGAAGGUGGCGAGUCAUAACGUGGUUUGCUGCUUGGCACGCUCCAGGUGUCCGAACCCUGCAGACUGGCACGUCUGAAGGGCACAGACGGUUUGACAGUUUAUGCGAUUUUUCCAGGCACUUAUUUUGUAUCGCUUUAAGUUCUGUUUCACCGGACAUUAAGGAGUUCUGGACAUUGCUUUCUUUAUUUGUUUAACUAUCUUUUCUCUAAUUUUUUCACUUUUUUGCACAUUUUUGAGAUGGAAGACAACAGCAAGAAUAUGAGACUGCGAGAGUGGCUCAUUGCACAGAUAGAAAGCGGAAAGUACGCGGGAUUAAGCUGGGAAAAUCUUGAAAAGACCAUGUUUAGGAUUCCAUGGAAACACGCUGCCAAACAAGACUACAACCAAAACGAGGACGCUGCGCUUUUUAAGGCCUGGGCUGUAUACAAAGGCAAGUUUCGAGAAGGGAAAGACAAAGCAGACCCUUCAGCCUGGAAGACAAGGUUGAGAUGCGCUCUGAACAAAAGUACUGACUUCCAGGAAGUGCCUGAUCGAAGUCAGCUGGAUAUCUCAGAACCCUACAAAGUGUAUGAGAUUCUGCAAGAGGGUGGAAAAAAGACAGAUAAACCAUGCACUCCAGAGACUGCUACGCCAACAGUCUUUUCUACAAGCCUCCAAAAGAAUUCUCAAGGUGCCUCUCCUGUUCUGUCUCCUCAGUUUAUGCAGGUGGAUUCGGAAUGGAAAGAUUCUCAAGUUCAGUGCCGUCCAGUUGCUUCAGUGAAAGCUCAUGUACAAGAUUCCAGUCAUUCUAUGGAAAGUGAUGGUCAUGUUAAAGGUUCAUUCUACACUUGGACACUACCAGGAGCCCAAAUUACACAGACCCAAACUCUACAGAGUUUGACUUUGCCAACACAGAUUCCGAUAUCAGAUUUUCGGCUGAAUGUGCGCAUUUUCUACCAAGGCAUUUUGGUUCGAGAUUUUACUACAAGUACUGCCGAUGGAUGUCGGAUCCUUCAUGGCACAGUACCAAUAGAAAAUGAACAAAUUUAUGGCCCAUCAGCAAUGGAGCAUGUUCAGUUUCCCCCACCUGAGCAGUCACGAGCUGGUCAAAGGGUUGUAGAUGCCAUGAAUCGGCUCCUGCCCCACCUGGAGAGAGGGGUCUUGUUGUGGGUUGCUCCAGAUGGCGUCUUUGUGAAACGUCUUUGUCAAGGACGUGUCUACUGGAACGGCCCACUGGCUCAACAUUCUGAUCGACCAAAUAAACUAGAACGGGAGAGGACAUGCAAGCUGUUGGAUGUUCAACAGUUUUUUCAAGAACUACAAGAAUAUUUUAGAAAUGGCCGUCAAAGUCCUCGUUUUGAAAUUAUCCUGUGCUUCGGAGAGGAAUUCCCUGAUCCAGCUCAAGACAAAUCUAAAAAGCUCAUAACUGCUUAUAUUGAGCCUGUUUUUGCAAGGGAACUGUACCUGAAUAGGAAAUCUAUUAGUGCUGGCCGGUCACAGUUUUUGACAAAGUCAAAUGGCGAGAGUGGGCCUCAUGGAAACCUCAAGUGUGUGAUCCAACAGUAAUAUAACUCAGCACCACAAAUAUGAACUUCAUCAUCCCAACACUACUACAUUUAAGCUUGGAACAUGUGAGACUUCAUGCUUAUAAAAUACUGUUCCAGGCAACAGGAUUUAACAGCCAUCAUAACUCAAAA